UCGAUAUUUGUUCAGUUGUUAUUGAAUAUAUUUCAAGUGCAUUUGUAUCUCGUUUAUUUGAAAUCGAUAUAUCUUAAAAAGAAAAUGAAAACGAUCGUGAUUAUUUCUGCUAUUUGUGUUUGCGUUGGUGCAUUGACACUUGAAGAAUUACAAAUUGGGAUACGUGCUACGCUACCAGUUUGCAAGAUAGAAAGUAACAUCGAUCAACAAAAAGAAAAUGAUUUUCGUGACGGCAUUGUUGAUGUAGAAGAUGACAAAGUUCAACUAUAUUCUAAAUGUUUAAUGAAAAAAUUCAACGCAUAUGAUGAUGAUGGAAACUUAAACGAAGUUGUGGUCAGAGAAAUAGCAGGACUAUAUUUAGAUGAAAAUGAAAUUAAUAAAUUAAUCGCCGAAUGUUCGGCUAUCUCUGAUGCCAACAUAAACAUAAAAUCUAGUAAGUUAAUACAAUGUUUUUCAAAAUAUAAAACAUUGAAAGAAAUGAUAAAUGUUUAAAUAUUCAAUUAUCAAAAAAAAAAAAGAUUUAUUCAUAACACAACUUUAUUUUGAACUUUACUUGAAGUUUAUUUU